CGCAAUAUAUUGUCAACUUCCGGUUAGUCACCUUGCUGAUGUUUACAUUUUUUGCAAAACUUAAAUCAAGAUUUUACCAGCCCUAGCCAUGUUUAAAAACGUGUCCAAGUGGCUAGGUGUUGUAGACAAUACAGAGGAAGAAGAUACGUUGGUUGUUAAUGCAGAAGGAGAGGAAAAGGUUGUAGAGCAUCAAGUGAAAUCCAGUGAAAAUGAGAAUGAGCAGAAAACACAAGAAAGUGAAAGUAACACUGAAAAUAAAAAAGAACAUGAUUUGAUAUCACCUGAAACCAAACAGACACUUGAGGAAGUUUCAGCUAAAGCAAUUAGUACAGCUAAAGAGUGGGGAAGCUACUUAUAUACCUUUGGUCUUCAAGCAACUGAAAAAGUUUCAGAGAAAGCAAAAGAAAUAAGUAAAACAGUUGAAGAAAAGACGUUCAUUGGUGACUUCAGUAAAGAGCAGGACACUUUUGUCACAGAGAAGAAGGAACGUGUUAAGAAAUCGGAGGCUGCAGUGCCUCCGUGGGUUGGUUACACGGAAGAAGAAACGAUGAAAUCUCAAAUACUUGCAUUGUCUCAGGACAAGAGAAAUUUCCUCAGAAAUCCUCCAACUGGUAUACAGUUUCAGUUUGACUUUGAUUCUGUUUUCCCUGUUGCUAUGGCAACACUUCAGGAAGAUCCAAAUCUACAGAAAAUGAGAUUUGAGCUAGUUCCUAAACAAGUCAAAGAAGAAAUGUUUUGGAGGAACUAUUUUUACAGAGUGUCUUUGAUAAAACAAUCUACUCAGCUCACAACUCUGGCUCAACAGUCAGUGUCAGCUUGGAAAGAUGGUAAACCACACGGCUCCCGGGAAUCUCUGUCUAGCAGUGGAAAAUCUUCUCCGAAACCAAUCAAGAAAGCGGACGAGGAGGUGAUAGAUGCUGGCAGUCCACCACAGGAGAACGAGUUUGUGAGUGAUACAUUCCAAGAAGAGGGCCACAUCAGUGACGAGGAUCUCAAGAAAGAAAUGCAAAUGCUUGGUAUGGAGGAUGACCUCAAGAAAGAUGAAGACAAGAAGGAUGAAAAAAAGUCUGAUGUACCAGAGUGGGAGGAAGAAUUACAACGUGAACUUCAGGAAUACGAAAUGGUCAAUGACGGGGACGAUAUUGAUGAUCCCGACAUUGAGAAUGAAAUACUUAAACAAAUAGAACAAGAGUCCGCACAAACUUAGUCCUCCAACCUGUGUAUAUUGUGACUGUAUAUAUAACAGUUGAUGUCUUUCUUUUUGUUAUAGCAUUAAGUUGAUACAAAGUGCUUAUAAUAUAUGUAAGAAUUUUUGUGACAUAUUUUUUGCAGUAGUUAAUAUAUAUGAAUUUGCUGAACCAGGAAGUAAAUUUACAGAUAAAUACAGUACCAUUUGGAUUGAUUCUGUUGAAGUUCAAAGUUGUUAUUUUUCUUGAAACUUUUUCAUUUAUUUGGUUUUGGCAUUGAGGUAAACAACAUGCUAGGUAACUGCAGAUACUGGGGUUUUUGUGUUUGGAAAAAUCAUUGUGAAGGGUUUUAUAUGCGAGGGAUCUCUUCAGGUUUAAAUUUAACCAUCUUUAAAAAAAACAUACAUCAUUGAGAGUAUUUUCAUUAAUUGUGGGACCAGUGAGGCAACAUCUUAUGGGCUACACAUGGCUGUGUACAUUAAAAAGUUUCUACAUAUUUUUUGUCACAUUCUGUCUUCAUUAGGUACCCUAGGUAAGGCUUCAGCAGUUUGCAGCAUAAAAGGCCGAUUACUUAUUAAAUUCCUACAAUUCUUAUUUAUAUAAAAUUGCUUGAAAUUCUGAUUUUGCUUGUGCAAUUAUUUUGUUAACCUAACAUUUAUAAAUGUGUUGAGUUGCUUGUACAAAUUUGAAAAUAUAACAGUGUGUAAUUGUGAAAUUUCUUCCAAAAUACUCACUUGUUUAAAUGGCCUGCUUAACUAAAUAGGGAAAGUGCAGAUCUACAGAACACAGGGUCUUCAGUUUGAUCCUCCCGGCAAGGUUUAUGUUCUCCUUGAUGCUUUGAUAAAAGACAUUGUAUCUUAAAUAAUUCAUCCGCCACCUCUGGUUCGUGUGAACUUGGCAUUUACUUCCAUUGAACAGGUUUGUACUGGUACAGAAUACAGGAACAUUGAUUGUGUUAAAUGCCAGACGUUACAGAACUGAAAUACUGUUGAAAAAUGGUGCUAAGCCAAAAACAUUUAAAUGGCUUUGUUCUUUUUGCACAUAAAAUACUGGUUUUGUUUAACUAUGGUAUGAUGUCAAAGACCCUGUCUGUAAGCAUAGUAGUGACAGUUCUGGGCAGCUGUAUCAGAGGUUGUGAGUUCAGUACCCUCCCAAAUCUGCUCUGUCUGUGAAAAGAAAUUUGGUCCUUAUAUAGAAGAGGUACAAUGUACUUCUGUUUUAUUUAUGGAAAGUAUUGGUGUAUUACUAAAUUAUAUAUUAAGAUAAAGCUAUCGCACUGGAGAAAUACUUUAUGUACCAAACAACUGUGAAUGAUGGUAUCCUUUGAAAUUGCUUAAUUUCAUGGACAUGUAAUCUUGUGGUUUUGUCUAUACGACUGUUUUGUGGGGAUAUGUUGAAAAUAAAAUAAAUGGAAAUUUUUGUUUGUCAGUGUGAUUUAGAUUUCGUGGAUUAAUGCAACCACGAAAUCCACAAAAAUUUGUGCUUGAUGAAUAUUCAUGAUUUCUUGGUAUAUAACACAUUCGAAACUGCUAGUUACUGAUGGUUUGCUGUAAGAACUGUUUUUCUUGUUAUGUGCAAUCUUAGAGUAUUUUCUUUUCUACUCCUUGAAAUCAUUAACAAUCGAGAGUAAAAAAGAAUUAUGGAGUUCAUCAAUACACUGAAUAAUAUUUCAGUUAUUCUUUUAUUCUAUCCCAACAAACAAACAAGAUUUAUGUACAUUUUAUCUGUGAAAUUUGAAAUUCACAGAAUCAUAUCCUUAGCAAAUAGUCAGUUUUUCCUAAACACAGAACUUUAAUGACAAAAUAAUGUGAUUUCUUAGUGUUUAAUGUUUGACCUAUUUUUGUUAGACCUAUGAAAUACCAAAUUAGGCCUCCUUCAUAGCACUGUGAUACAAUAAUUUUGUGUACAUAGUUGUGGGUAGAAAUACUUUAUUUGAAAUCUUUGUUAUUAGUGUAUAUAUGGUAUUAGAAGUGGUAGUUCUAAGGCAAGUUUGUUAGAGUAUACCCGGUAUUUCAUUAAAAUGGUUAUAUAGGUGGUUUUAUUUUUCCUUACAUUUGUAAGAAAUGAUAGGCACAAUACUUAGUGAUAGAUAAUACAUUGCUUCCUAAAAGAUGAAUAGCAGAAGGUGAUUUCAGUUAGUAGGACUAAACUUCUGAAACUGAAAAAAAAAAUAUUGUGAGCAGAUCUGAAGAACAUUUUAACAGACUGAAAUGUAACUUGUGACUAUUAUGUAGACAUGAAAACAGUGUAAUUCUAUGGCAACUUUGCAUUAUGUAAUAAGAUUAAAGAAGCAAUUUUAGAUCCAGUUCCUAUAACAGUUUGUAGAUUAUACCAAAUGUCUGAAUAGUUGUUUUUAAACACAUUUGACCAGUGGCAAAGUUGUACCCUUAGACUGAUCUUACUGACUUACCCUUGCAUGAUCGUAAGAGGUGACUAAUAGGGUCUUAACACUCAGUUUGCAGUAACUCUGUGAUUCCAGCAGGUAUGCAAAUUUUGAUUCCAUACCUCAUGUUUUUAUGCCCCCGAAGGGAGGCAUAUUAGUUUUUUACUGUCCGUAUGUUCGUCACAAUGUUGACUUUUUGCAUGAAGGCACUUUACUCGCAAACCACUGCACCCAAGACCUUCCAACUUCACAUGCUGAUAGUACUUAUUGAGUACACGACCCCUACUGACUUUGGGGUCACCAGGUCAAAGGUCAAGGUCACAGGGGCCAAUGUUAACUUUUUGCAUGUCCGUCACAACAUUAACUUUUUGCAUGAAGGCACUUUACUCGUGAACCACUGCACCCAGGACCUUCAAACUUCACAUGCUGAUAGUACUUAAUGAGUACACGACUGCUACUGACUUUGGGGUCAAAGGUCAAGGUCACGGGUCAGUGUUAACUUUUUGCAUGAUGGCACUUUACUUGCAAACCACUGCACCCAGGACCUUCAAAUUUCACAUGCUGAUAGUACUUAUUGAGUACACAACCCCUACUGACUUUGGGGUCACCAGGUCAAAGGUCAAGGUCACAGGGGCCAAUGUUAACUUCUUGCAUGAAGGCACUUUACUCGCGAACCACUGCACCCAGGACCUUCAAACUUCACAUGCUGAUAGUACUUAUUGAGUACACGACCUCUACUUACUUUGGGGUCACCAGGUCAAAGGUCAAGGUCACAGGGGCCAAUGUUAACUUUCUGCACGAAGGCACUUUACUCGCGAACCACUGCACCCAGUACCUUCAAACUUCACAUGCUGAUAGUACUUAUUGAGUACACGACCCCUACUGACAUUGGGGUCACCAGGUCAAAGGUCAAGGCGCUAUGGGGGCAUUUGUCACCAUUAGUGACAGCUCUUGUUAUUUCGAUGAAAAUGAGAUGUGGAACCAAAAUUUAUAGUACUGUUUGGCACCAUAUAACUUAUACUGUGUUGGUGACCCAUUAAACCCAAAUAAAUAAAUCAGACUGAUCUUCAUACUGGAGUUUUUCAUCUUUAGUUGGGGCUUAAUCAUGACACUUGGAGAAAAUGAAGACAAACAUUUUGUUGCCAGAGUAUAACUUUAUAUUGAUUUUACAAUUAAAAUUAGUUUGUACAUUAUAUUUGUAUGAUUACCAUAAAUUAUGGUAUAAUUACAUGACUCCUUAAUUAAAUCGCAGGUCCAUAGUUUAUGCUGUUGGCUUUUGUAACUCGGUGUAACUUUUUCUGGGCCAAAGUCAAAACUUGCAGGGGGGAAAAAUAAAAUUUAUUUCUGAUGUCAAUUAAUUAUAAAAACACUAUGUUGCUUGCAGGUUAAUAAAUGUAUACUAUAUUGCUUCUCUUCUUAUGAAUGAAUAAAAGAUUUCUCUAUCUAUCUGUGUAUUUCAAUGGCAGAAGGAAAUUCUGUAGUUUUACCUUAAAUGGACAAAGAAACAAAAAUAGAUGUAAUUUUUACAGAUUUUGUUUGCAGUUUAUGAAAAAUUAACUGCAUACAUAGUUAUUAGCUUGGUAGAAGUGAUCUUUUCAAGCAAUGUAGGUAUUUUAAGUUGGUUGUUAUCAAAUUUAUCUUUUUUGUACACAGUGAUAAUCAGAUAAGUGUUUAAACACUGAUACCUGUAUGUGAUCUUUAAACUGAAUAAUCACAUUGCAUGAGGCAAAAAUUAAGUUUUGGUAACUAAAAUGUAGGUUGAAUUAGAAACUAAAACCUAAGUCGUUCUUCAAGUACAGUUAGUUAUGGUUAAGAAAAAUACAAAGUUUUUUUUUUUUUUCAGACAGUGUUUCCUAAAUUAAGUAGAAUCAGAUAUGUUCUAGUUGUUUGAAGGUUUUCAAAAAGUACUAGUGUCUGACAUUGUUGUGAAUGCCAACAGUUAGUUUCAAUGUGAAAAAAAGUAGUUUGCUUUAAAGUUUAACAUAUUUUUGUGUAUUAAGGUUAAGAUAGAAGUUAUUUUUUCUCUCCAUCCAUGAUAUUGUUAAAGGCAUUGAUGUAUAUAUUUAAUCCCUCAUGUUGUUAUCAUUUUACUGUAUGACAGAAAUAUAAAAAAAAAUGAUGGGAAGAA